AUGGUCUACUUAAGUGCUGAUAGUAUUGACCCUCAGGAUAUUGAAUUUUUAAACAACCCAGUCUUCAGUUCUGAUUUUUUGAAUAGCAUCAGACUAUCUGGAUUGCCAAACCAUAGGCUAUGGCUUAAGAUAGGUGCUCAUGUUAUGUUAUUGAGGAAUAUUGAUCCUAAAGGUGGUUUAUGCAAUGGGGAUAGAGUUGGAGACAAAGUUUUGAUUCCAAAGUUCAUAAUAAAACCAUCAGACACUAAGUUGCCUUUCAAGAUGAGGAGAAGGCAUUUCCCAUUGGCUGUGGCUUUUGCAAUGACUAUAAACAAGAGUCAAGGACAAUCACUAGAAGAAGUUGGAUUGUUUCUUCCUCAACCUGUGUUUUCUCAUGGACAGCUAUAUGUAGCGUUGCCAAGGGACACAUCUAAAAGGGUUUAA